AUACUCGACGGCGGCAUUCGCUGCACUCUUCGGUGGCUUACCGAGGCUGUAUGUACCUCUUUCCAGAGCGACGACGAAAUGUGCUCCGGAUGUUCUCGCACUACUACGCCAUGAUGUAUCAUGGUAGGAUCAUGAGAGUCCUCUUCAUACUCAUUUCCAUUGGAAUUUUAGAGCCAACUUUAGUCGAAGCUACACAGGGGCAGACAAUAACAUCCAGUUUAGCUGGCAAAUCAGCAUGUGUUGGUGAAGAUGUCACUCUGACCUGCUGUGUUGUACUUUCUACUGGAAGACUGACUUGGGUCAUUGGAUCAAGUGAUAACACUAUUCUCUUCAACCUGGCAGAUGACUCAUCUCUCACCACUCAGACUGACUCCACUGGCCAGUUCACUGCCUCUCUGGUAAACUACUCUCGAGACCAGCAGUACUCUUUCCUGGGUGACUUAACUUCAACACUCCACACACAAGUUAACCCCUCCCUCACCGACUAUCCUAUUGAAAUUCUCUGCUACAAUGGGAUAAGCAACAAUAUUUCAGUACCAUCAUACAUAAAGAUAGCAGGAUUGCCUUCAUCUCCGUGGAACCUGACAUCAUCAGUGGUGUAUGGAAUAUCUCAGUAUUCACUGGUAGUUGGGUGGGAGAGACCACGAGAUGAUGGAGGAGUGGAGAUUGACAACUACACCCUCUCUCUCUACCAGGAGGACCAGACUGUGGUCCAGACAACUACUGAGUCUCUGGAGCUACCUCUCUCACUGUACUACUCCACUGUUUACUCCAUCAUCAUCACUGCCAACAACUGUGCUGGCUCCAGCUACCCUGUAUCUCUGACUAGCGUGCAGGCUUGCUGCAGAGCUCCACCAUCACCAGUCAAUGGUAGUAUUGAGGAGUACAGGAGUACAGAGGAGGGAGCAGAGAUCCAGUUCCACUGUCAGAAUGGAUACACUCCUAAUGAGAGGAUGUCAUCUCAAUGUCUCAACUCAUCAUGGUCCCCUCGCCCAAUGGACCUAGUGUGUAUAGAAUCUAACACCUCAACAAUUCCACCUCCGUUAGGAAUGAAUUGUUCAUUGAGGGACUUGUCUCCCUCUCUGGUUGAGGAGAACAGAGUGUGUGGGUCAGUGAGUGGUGGUGGGGUGUGUUACAGUGGAGACAGUGUAGGAUCAGUGGCAGUCUACUUCUGUGAUGAUGGCUAUAGUCUAGAGGGAGACACUACCAGAGAAUGCCUCUCUAGUGGCCUCUGGAAUGGUACCACUCCUCAAUGUGUGGAGGCAGAAGUAGCAGAACUUGAUGAUGUCUGUAAGACAACAGCCAUAGUCAUUGGCGUGGUGUGCAGUCUUGUGUUUCUAACUAUUGGAGUUCUACUGGGAGUGGUGGGAGUGUACCUCAUACAGAGAGUGAGGGGCAGGUCGUCUGGCCCCACCUCCUCCCCUCCCCCUCCCCUCCCUCCACCAGUCACCUAUGAGGAGGUGGGUGUGGCAAGAGAGGUCAAGAGUUCACAAGACAUUCAGCUGACGUCCAAUGAGGCAUAUGGACAAGUGCAGCUGUGAUGCAGGGCUAGCCACUGCCAGUUGUGUUGUAACUUAUCCUCAGUAAUUAAUAAUGUUCUGCCUGUAAACCUACUUACGCCACUGCGUGGAUUAACCAAUGUUUUGAGUAUACUAGCCACUUUACUAGGAGCAGUGGGCAGUUUAAUUUUGAAGAGAAACAGAUGAA